CCCGUGUUUUCCUGGCGCUCUCCCGGUUCAAGCUUGAACCUAAAUCUAAAACGAAGGCGGAAGGAAAGCAAAGCCGCUUGUUCUAUUUUUCUCUCUCUGUAACCACCUCUUCUCCUUAGCCUUCCAUUUCGCCGCCGGCGAACGAGCCCAGAGUCAAAGAAACGCUCUGUCGAUCUUUGUUUGAGGGUGUUCUCGAUUGAAAACGACGAGGGCUGCUCAACAAUUCUUUUAUGAUCGACCAGCGCGGAGGAAUCUCAGCUCAAUUAGUCGCAGAACGAACCCGGAUUUGAUGCAUCGAGAAUUAUGAGAUUUCGUGUUAUACUUUGCUCGGGAGCUUGCUAUUUCAUUUCUGGACCAAAAUUGCAUUUUUGCUUGCGAGUCUAAGAUGCCAUCUUCAUAUUUUUCGAGGCAGAAAGUGCUUCAAGCCUCUGUGGACAUUCUACUUGGGCGGGGCCAGAGCUUGUCAGUUAGCAAUUCUGGUUUCUUUCAAUCACAUCCAUUUGCUACUCUAUUUAACAAUAUUCGGCUGUUUCGUAGAGCCGAUCACCCGACUGCAUUACCCAUCACUGGAGCACUCCCCUGUACAAUACGUGUUCCUUCAGUUACUGGACCUUCUUGUCAGUCUGGCUUGUAUCAAGUCGAUAGCCUGGUUUCUGAACCCAUCCAGAGGUUUCCCUUUAUCCUGUUCCAGAGGAAUAUAAUGUCAACUGGGAAUUCUUUAUGUGUUGAAGCUGAAAUGGCUGCACGGCAUUUGGACAAUUUACAUAUGAAGAGUGGGCAGAUUUUGAACAAUGUGAUGAGAGCUGAUGUUUGUUUUCACAACAAGAGUCUUGAUUACUGCAGAAGAGUUUCUGGGAGCUUAAAGAAUCGAGAAACAUGGGGUAACAAUAUGAUAUAUAAGUGUUUUUGGUCAAAUGCAGCUGGAAAAAGUUUGGGGCCCUAUCCUUUUCUAGAGUCCAAGACCAACGGGAUUUUGUCAUUGUGGUCUGCAGCAUAUUCUACUAGAGCAGCUCCUGAUGUAUCUUUUGAUUGUUCUCCCAGGGAAGAGCAGCCUGAGAAUUCUUCAGUUUCCUCCAACGAGAAAAAGCUGGGUGAUAAAACCUUGAAGCUGCUUUCUGGAUCCUGUUACUUGCCACACCCAGAUAAGGAAGAAACUGGAGGGGAAGAUGCUCAUUUUAUAUGUGAUGAGCAGGCCAUUGGUGUAGCAGAUGGUGUUGGUGGCUGGGCAGAUCUUGGAGUUGAUGCAGGACAGUAUGCUAGAGAACUUAUGUCUCAUUCGGUUGCUGCCAUCCAAGAAGAGCCCAAAGGAUCAAUUAAUCCAGCAAGGGUGUUAGAGAAGGCUUACUCAAGCACUAAGGCUAAAGGAUCAUCAACAGCAUGCAUUAUUGCUCUCACACAUCAGGGCAUACAUGCUGUCAAUUUAGGGGACAGUGGCUUCAUUGUUGUAAGAGAUGGGUGCACAAUCUUCCGGUCACCUGUACAGCAACAUGAUUUCAAUUUCACAUAUCAACUUGAGAGUGGCAAUGCCAGUGAUCUACCUAGUGCUGCCCAGGUGUUCACCUUUCCUGUCGCAGCUGGUGAUGUUAUAGUUGCAGGAACUGAUGGACUGUUUGAUAACCUGUACAAUAAUGAGAUCACAGCUGUUGUUGUUCAUGCCAUCAGGGCUGGGCUGGAGCCUCAAGUGACAGCGCAGAAGAUAGCUGCUCUUGCUCGCCAGCGAGCACAGGAUAAGAACAGGCAAACUCCUUUCUCGUCUGCAGCCCAAGAGGCUGGAUACCGCUAUUAUGGAGGGAAGCUUGAUGACAUUACUGUUGUGGUAUCCUAUGUCACUGCCUUCGGUGCUUGAGACAUACUACUCUUGCUUGUACAUACAAUCCUUAAAGCCAGCAAUCAAGAGGCAGUGUUGUCGAAAGUGCUCCAUCCAUUUGUCUAAGUGAUUGGGAGAGGCAAGGAAACGUCUGAGCACCUUAACAAUCCCUAAGCGAGGCUGGUUUACCAAGGGCACCUAGGCAAGCACCUAGGGCAAAGCGAGAGGCAUUUAGGUUUCGUGGAGCAUGCUUACCCAAAUCAUCUAAUGUGUCCAUCAUUUCACACCCUCGGCAUUUCAUCGCUGCCAGAUACUCCACAGCCGAGCCAGGUCCAUCUAAAAUAUUAAUGAGUUUGUUAUUAAGCCUUGCUAUUAGAACCGUCUAACCAUUCCGAUUUCAAAAUUGGGCAUAUUUCAAUUAUCAUCAAUAGAAUCAGCAUUACAAGUUUGGACCUAUCAUGCUCAUAUUUGCCCGACUGCUGGAACGGAGAAGUGUUCUUUUUUUUUUUUUUUUUUGUAGGUUUAAGUAGUAUGCUGUUGCUCUACUCUCCAUUAACUAAUAGCUGCAAUUCUGCUACUGGUAAUUCAUCUCACUCUCUUAGAUCCCAAUGUUGUGUAAGCUUGCAACUGGGCGUCUGAUCUCAUUGGUAAGUAAAUUGUUGUUGGCCGGUUACAGAUGGCAUCAUUGCAGAACAA